AUGUCCCCAGCCUACUCGGCGCACCUGGACUCGGAGCUGCCCCCCCAGAGCUUCCUGGGCCCCGAGUUCCCCCCGGCGCUGACCCCGACGUCCCCGCGGCGCUUCUCGCCCGGCCCCAAGGAGCUGCUGCCCGACGACGACGUCCCCAGGGAGCCGCGGCGCAUCGUGAUCCCGCGCGGCUCCACCGGGCUGGGCUUCAACAUCGUGGGGGGCGAGGACGGCGAGGGGAUCUUCAUCUCCUUCAUCCUCGCGGGCGGCCCGGCCGACCUCAGCGGGGAGCUGCGCAAGGGCGACCAGAUCCUCUCGGUGAACGGGGUGGAUCUGCGCGGGGCCACCCACGAGCAGGCGGCGCUGGCCCUGAAGAACGCCGGCCAGUCGGUGACCAUCGUGGCCCAGUACCGGCCCGAAGAGUACGGGCGCUUCGAGGCCAAGAUCCACGACCUGCGGGAGCAGCUCCUGAGCAGCAGCCUCGGCUCCGGCAGCGCCUCCCUGCGCAGCGACCCCAAGCGCGGCUUCUACGUCCGGGCGCUGUUUGACUACGACAAGGCCAAGGACGUGGGGUUCCUGAGCCAGGCGCUCAGCUUCCGCUUCGGGGACGUGCUGCACGUGCUCGACGCCUCCGACGAGGAGUGGUGGCAGGCGCGGCUGGUGCUGCCCCCCCAGCAGCCCCCCGACAUCGGCUUCGUGCCCAGCAAGCGCCGGGUGGAGCGCCGGGAGUGGACGCGGCUCAAGGCCAAAGAUCGGGGGCCAGGGGCUCAAGGCCGCGAGGACGCCGUGCUGAGCUACGAGACGGUGACGCAGAUGGAAGUUCACUACGCGCGGCCGAUCAUCAUCCUGGGCCCCACCAAGGAUCGCGUCAACGACGACCUCCUGUCCGAGUUCCCCGAGAAAUUCGGCUCCUGCGUGCCCCACACGACGCGGCCCAAGCGCGAGUACGAGGUGGACGGGCGCGAUUACCACUUCGUGGCCUCGCGGGAGCGGAUGGAGAAGGACAUCCAGGGACACAAGUUCAUCGAGGCAGGGCAGUACAACAGCCACCUGUACGGCACCAGCGUGCAGUCCGUGCGCGAGGUGGCUGAACAGGGCAAGCACUGCAUCCUGGACGUGUCGGCCAACGCCGUGCGGCGGCUCCAGGCGGCGCAGCUGCACCCGAUCGCCAUCUUCAUCCGGCCCAAAUCCCUGCAGAACGUGCUGGAGAUCUCCAAGCGCGUGAGCGAGGAGCAGGCGCGGAAAGCGUUCGACAGAGCCACCAAACUGGAGCAGGAGUUCACCGAGUGCUUCUCAGCCAUGGUGGAAGGCGACAGCUUCGAGGAGAUUUACCACAAAGUCAAACGAGUCAUCGAGGACCUCUCAGGACCUUUCAUCUGGGUCCCCGCCCGCGAGCGGCUCUAGGGCCGGGGGGGAACCCCCCCAGGACCCCCCAAAAUCCACAGGAAACGCCCCCCGAAAACCCGCGGGGUUCCCUUCGAGCCCCGCCAGGACCUGCUGGGAAUUCCCGGAGCGCUGGGGGAGGGGUUGUUGGUUUUUGGGGUUUUUUUGGGGUUUUUUUUGGGGCCCUCUCUCCGGUGGUUUUUGGGGGGAAACGCCCCCGAAUUUGGACUCUUUUUUUGUACAUAUUUAAGCUCUAUAUUUGUAACGCCCCGGGGGGGGCCCCGGAUCGGCCCCUCCCGGCCCCGAAAAUUUGGGGAGGGGGGG